UUUUCUCGGAUGUGGGACUGCUGCAGGCGCCGUUUCUGCCUAGUACGCCGACAACGUUGCGAUUCAUGGAGCAGGGAAGCAGGCUGGAAAAAGAGCCUUUGUUGCCGCCUCCGCUGCCAGGGGCUGCCAAGCGCCACCGGCUCUACUCGGCCAGGGACAAUAGAGACCUGGAGGAUGAUGGACACUGCUGCGUGUCCGCGGCCUCCUCGCCUCGUUCUGGAGGGCCUGGCAUCAAUGACCCUGACCUCUACUUCAACCAAGCUGUAGUAUUCAUUGAAGAUGCAAUUCAGUAUCGUUCUAUAAAUCAUCGUGUGGAUUCUAACUCCUUGUGGCUUUAUCGGUGGUAUUAUUCAGAAGUUUGCCAAUGGAUUUUGAUUCUCACCAUUACACUAAUCCUGGCUCUUGCUUUUAUUGAAACACCUUCUUCGCUUACUGUCACAUCAGAUGUUCGAUAUCGCUCAGAAGCUUGGAAACCUCCUUGUGGCCUGACUGAAAGCAUUGAAGUGCUUUGCUUCCUUGUCUUUAUAGUAGACAUCUCUGUAAAGAGCUACUUAAUUGGAUGGGAAGAAUUUCGGAAAACCAAAUGGUUAAUGGCCUACAUCCUGGUCCUGCUCAUCUCCCUUAUAGACUGGAGCAUUUCGCUGAGUUCUUCCUGUCAUGAAAACCUGAGGAUCAGACGUAUCCUUCGACCUUUCUUCCUUCUUCAGAAUUCUUCAAUGAUGAAGAAAACACUAAAAAGCAUCAAGAGGACAUUACCAGAAAUUACAAGUGUUAUGCUGCUCUUAGCUGUUCACCUGUUUCUCUUUACCAUGUUUGGCAUGCUGCUGUUUGCUCGGACAAAAGAUGCCCAACAGGAUAAAGAAUGGCAAGGAUAUUUUCAUAAUUUGACCGAUUCAUUAACUUCAUUGCUGGUACUGUUGACAACUGCAAACAAUCCAGAUGUGAUGAUUCCUGCAUAUUCUAAGAAUCGAGCAUAUUGCAUCUUCUUUAUACUCUUCACUGUGAUAGGAAACUUAUUUCUGAUGAACUUGUUGACAGCAAUAAUAUACAAUCAGUUUCGGGGAUAUCUUUUGAAAUCAAUUCAGUCAUCGCUUUUCCGGAGACGCUUGGGAAUCCGGGCUGCCUUUGAAGUUCUUUGUUCUUUGACAGAGACUGCAAUCAAUAAAAAUACCUUGUGUGUCCAAUCUGAAGCUCUCCUUCAAGUCCUCCAGAAAGUAAAAAUGGAUUCCUAUUGCAAAGAAGCAAUCAUUAGGAAACUGCAAUCUUGUCCCCCAGGAGGGCUGACAGCUACUCAGUUUCAGACACUUUUUGAUGAACUUGACAAGCAUAAAGUUAAAGAGCGUCCUCCCAAACCAGAUUAUCAGUCACCCUUCUUACAACGAGUUCAGUUUAUCUUUGGCCAUCACUAUUUUGGCUAUUUAGGAAACGUUGUAGCAGUAGCAAAUAUUUUUUGCGUAUGCGGAGUCAUGGUAAUAGAUGCAGAUAAGCCACCUACUCUCCGAGAUGACUUUUUCUUAGGGGUUACAAACUGUUUCUUCAUUUUGUACUACCUUCUGGAAAUAGUGCUGAAAUUAGUGGCCUUGGGAUUAAAAAGAUACUUAUCCUAUCCAAGCAACAUAUUCGAUGGACUUCUGACUUUGGUUCUGAUGGUUUUGGAGGUGUCCACAUUUGCUGUAUAUGGGUUUCCUCAUCCAGGCUGGAGACCUGAAAUGUUGGGCUUGCUGUCUCUAUGGGACAUGGUUCGUCUAGCAAAUAUGCUGAUUGUGUUCAGAUUUUUACGGAUCAUCCCAAACAUUACAGUAAUUUCAUUUUUUUUGUUCAUGUCUUUAGUUGCCAGUACACUGUUGGAUUUAGUGAAAAACAUAAGAACCUUUGCAGGAAUUUUGAUUGUGGCUUUCUAUGCAUUUGCAAUAAUUGGCAUGGAGCUGUUUGGAGGCACCAUUACUCCCAUGGGCAAUGUCAGCUUUGUAAAUACAACUUUCAAAUGUGGCAUUUUUGAACAACUGGAAUAUUGGCCAAACAACUUUGAUGAUUUUGCUGCAGCACUAGUGACUUUGUGGGAUGUGAUGGUUGUGAACAACUGGCAGGUUUUCUUGGAGGCAUAUUCCAGAUAUACUUCUCCCUGGUCAAAAUUGUACUUUGUCACCUGGUGGCUGACUUCCUCUGUCAUCUGGGUCAAUCUUUUUAUAGCCUUGCUUUUAGAGAAUUUUAUUCAUAAAUGGGAUCGUCGCUGCCAUAGGCCAUCUCUCUCAGAAGUCGAAUAUCAAAUGACAGUGGAACUCCUCUUCAGGGAUGUUUUAGAAGAACCAACGGAGGAAGAACUGAUUGCAAGACUUCACCAGCAUCCACAUAUGCAUCUAUAUAGAUGACGCUUUAGCUGGAAGUGGCCAUCCAGCCUCAUCAUGCCUGCAUGCAGGUUUUAGAGCUGAAGAGAAGAUAACACUUAUUUCUUUCUAGAAAGAGUGCUAAAAUCUUGAUUUUAUUUUUGAACAUUGCUAAAGGACCCUUGGGUUCACUCUAAACAUAUUUUUUAAAAUCCUAAUUUGACUUCCUUUUAAGUUGAUUUAUGGAAUAGAGAAUUAUGCUUUUAAGAAAGGGAAAUGGAUCAGUGAUACUGCACUUUAUAGUAAAUGUGGUGGAACAAAUAAUCAAAUCAUCUGGUCUGGUGAUAGCGCUACAGACAGUGCAAAAUGCAAACCUUCUACAGAGGCAAACUUCCUUUUUUUAGUAUUUGUUCUGUGAUAUGCUAGGGCAGUGCCUUAUUGUUUGCAAAAAUGUUUUAGUAAAUGUCUAAAUGUUUCAAAUACAGGAUAAAUGUUUAAAACUAAAGUUAGGGAUUCAUAUAAAAGGUUGUUAUAUGUUCCAAUGCGGCAAGCUAUUUUAGAAAGAAGAAGAAGACCAUUCCAGUUUCAAUAUCUGUCCAAAUCUUCAUAGCAACUUCAUGCAGAUAUCACUUCAACCCUUGGUUGACUGUAUGUUACAUUAAUGAUGUACCUAGGAGCCUUUGGGGACUUGAAUUCAUGGCAUUAAGGUGCUUAAUAUUUUGUCUCCCUGCCCCUCUAAUCCCUUUCCUUAUCAGAAGCAGCCCUUGUAAUUUUGAGACAAUCUAGAUUAAGACCAUCGUGGGAAGCGAAUGGGUUACAACCCCUAUUUCUUGUUUGAGGCUCAACUUUGCCUUGUUUUCCCAUUUUUGGUGAAGCCUAAUCUGAGUGUCAUUGCUGAAAUAAGUACUGGAGAGGAAAAGAGUUGAAAUAAUUGGCUUUUUCUUUAUUGCAGAGACUAGGUCUAUGUCUCAUACUUGGGUUCUUAGGUGAGUUUUGUAACUGUCCACACGUAUUGUGGCAAACAUUUUGUGAGCGCUCCCCAACCCAUUUUGCAAGAACACCUCUGACACAUAGACAUUACUCAAAAUGCACUCAUUGGCCAUAAAAUUUGGGAACCUAAUAAAAAUUCAGCAUUGUUUCAUGUCAGUAAGAACAAAAUUAUAGAAAUUAAGUCUUAGUCCUUUUAAUCAUAUCAGCAGCAAAUAUAUUUGGAUCGGCUAUCUUAUGAUUCCAUCAGAUGUUAUGUAAACAUCUAUCUGUGUGACUCCCUGAGAUUCCUAUGUCUUUGAUCUGAAAAGAUGAUCCAUCUAAAAUUCACCAAUUCAGUGAAUUAUAGAACUUCCAUUCUAUUAUUAAAUUAUUUCAUUCAUUCAGGGAUGCUAAAUAGAAUUAUUCUUCUACUUCUGAUUUUUUUUCAUCAGUAUUGAAAGGGAAAUUCUUUGACACUAAAGAAUUUGAUUAAAUAACCAUGGUCAUCUCAUAAUGUUUGGUUAAUUAAAAAUGCAUUGAAAUAUUAAUUCUCUUCCUUAAGCAAUGUAGUACUUUUCAUAUACUAUAUGCAAUGUUUCUCAACCUCAGCAAUUUUAAGAUACGUGGAAAUGCUUGAGUAAUUCUGGUAGCUGAAGUUCACACAUCUUAAAGUUGAUGAGGUUAAAAAAAUAAUAACAUAUAUAAAGGCUAGAUUUUUCUUAACCCGAUUUUCUGGGUCCACACAACAUACUGGUAGGCUGGUUUGCUUUAAAACUGUGCAAGAGAUUUUGCAGUGAGAUGUUUUUGGUAUGAACUCUCACAGAGUGCAAAAUCACCAGUUUUGCACAUUCCAAGAAAUGUUGAGCUCAAAACAGCUCAGUUUCCAGAUGACUCAAAACAAUUUUUGAGUGCUCAUUAUGGGGUUUAUUUUCUUUGUUGACAGAGCUCCCAUUUUCAAAAGAAAAUCCUUUCUUUACUAUAUUACGGAUCAAUUGCAUUUUGAAUAUUACCCUUCCUUAAAAAUUCUGUUACACAAAGAAAGUUAAGGAAGAGCAACUAGACUAUAGCCUUUUUCUGAAAUAUUAAAUCUAUUUUACGCUACUAAUAUAUGCUAACUAUAUAUCUAUAUCUACAGAAACUUUGGCAUUCCUUUAAACCCAAAGUUUUCAUAGCUUACUUCAAGGAUGAGGACCUAUUGACUAUUUCUAGGGCUGUCGAAGCAGCUUCAGGAGGACAAUUCCCUUAUCCCUGGCUUCUUUUGGUUUGAUUUGUCCUUUGGGCAUCAAUAACAACUAUUACAUACAACAUGAUUCUUUAUGGAUCUUUUCAUUAAAUUUAAGCUUAAGAAAAAUGAGAGUUUUUCUGUACUCAGGAUAUGGCAGGUAUAACUUCCAACAUUCUUCAUGCUACGUUUUCCAGUGGUGCAAUUUGGGCAAUUCAGGUAUACCAGUGCAAUAUAAUUUUGAAUUUCUCAUGCUCUGAGAACAUAUGAAAAAACCACUAAAGUUGUUUGGAUAUUAUGAAGUUUUAUGUAUUAAUUUGGGGGCGGGGGACGGGGAUAAAUUGUAAAAUGUAUCUAUGUGAGUCCUUUUUUAAGAGCACAGAUGUUAGUAUAUUUAAUUAAAAUAUUUUUG